CCCCUCUCUUUGUCCAUUCCGUUUCCUAUAUGGAUUGACGGGGUCCGCGUCAGAGCGCACAGAGUAGACCCGCCUCCUGGCUCUGGAGCCGAGCGCUCGGUGCGUUUCUCUCCCCCUGUCCGCUUCAAACCCAUAUUCCACUGGGAGAGAGAGAGAGGGAGAGAGAGGGAGCGAGUGAGAGAGAGAGAGAGAGAGAGAGCAGGACCUGGGAGAAGAGCAACGAAAGAAAAAGAGGAGAGAAAAACGGAACGACACAAAUGGCACUCAUGGCAGGGAUUUUGUUCACGGCUACCUUUCUUAUUUCUGGGAUUUCUACAUUUGUCUCGUCGGCACGGAUAUACCCCCCAAAUGAAGUCACGUUAUUGGACUCCAGAUCUGUACAGGGGGAGCUGGGAUGGGUCGCCAACCCGACAGAAGGAGGGUGGGAGGAAGUGAGUAUUAUGGAUGAAAAGAACAUCCCCAUUCGGACGUACCAGGUGUGUAAUGUCAUGGAGCCCAAUCAGAACAACUGGCUCCGCACCGACUGGAUCCCCCGUGGAGGUGCCCAGCGUGUCUACAUCGAGAUCAAGUUCACCCUCCGAGACUGCAACAGCCUCCCGGGCGUCAUGGGAACCUGCAAGGAAACCUUCAAUCUUUACUACUAUGAGUCCAACAAUGACAAAGAGCGCUACAUCCGUGAGAACCAGUUCGGCAAGAUAGACACCAUCGCUGCAGACGAGAGCUUCACUCAGGUGGACAUCGGAGAUCGUAUCAUGAAGCUGAACACUGAAGUCCGGGAUGUGGGAGCCUUGACCCGCAAGGGUUUCUAUUUGGCCUUCCAGGAUGUUGGAGCAUGCAUUGCACUUGUUUCCGUCAGGGUCUUCUACAAGAAAUGUCCCUUAGCGGUGCGUAACUUGGCCCAGUUUCCAGACACCAUCACUGGGGCCGAUACUUCCUCGCUUGUGGAAGUUCGUGGCUCAUGCGUGGAUAAUUCAGAGGAGAAGGAGGUUCCCAAGAUGUACUGCGGGGCUGACGGAGAGUGGCUGGUGCCCAUUGGGAACUGCCUGUGCAACCCUGGAUAUGAGGAGCGAAAUGCAGAAUGUCAAGCCUGUAAGAUUGGUUCCUACCGGGCUCUGGCCACCGAUGGCUCCUGUUCCAAGUGUCCACUCCACAGUUACUCCGUCAGGGAGGGCUCCACCUCCUGCGCCUGCGACAAGGGAUACUUCCGCUCUGAAACGGACCCGGCAUCCAUGCCCUGCACCCGCCCUCCAUCUGCGCCGGUCCACCUCAUCUCCAAUGUGAACGAGACGUCCGUAAACCUAGAGUGGAGCCCACCCCGGAGCUCUGGAGGGCGCCAAGACUUGACAUACAAUGUGGUGUGUAAACGCUGCGGGCCCGACGGACGGCGCUGUCAGCCCUGCGGAAACGGCAUCCACUUCAGCCCGCAGCAGCUGAGCCUGAAGGGAACCAGGGUGUCCAUCAACGAGCUGCAAGCCCACACCAACUACACCUUCGAGGUGUGGGCAGUGAACGGGGUGUCGCCUCAGAGCCCGGGGCCGGAGCAGGCCGUGUCCGUGACCGUCACCACCAACCAGGCCGCUCCCUCCCCAGUGACUUCCAUUCAGGCCAAGGAUAUCACAAGACACACCAUCUCCCUGGCCUGGCAGCCACCAGACAGAGCCAACGGGGUCAUCCUGGAGUAUGAGGUCAAGUACUAUGAGAAGGACCAGAAUGAAAGAAGCUAUCGAAUCAUAAAAACCUCUUCUAGGAAUACCGACAUCAAGGGCCUCACCCCGCUCACCUCCUACGUGUUCCAUGUGCGAGCUCGUACGGCGGCCGGCUACGGGGAUUUCAGCGGCCCGUUUGAGUUCAUGACCAACUCUGUCCCUGCACCCAUUAUCGGCGAUGGGGCCAACUCCACGGUGUUGCUGGUGUCAGUGGUGGGCAGCGUGGUCCUUCUCAUCAUCCUCAUCAGCGCUUUCGUCAUCAGCCGAAGGAGUAAAUACAGCAAGGCCAAGCAGGACUCGGAUGAGGAGAAGCACUUACAUCAAGGAGUGAGGAUCUACGUCGACCCCUUUACCUACGAGGAUCCCAACCAAGCCGUCCGUGAGUUCGCCAAAGAGAUCGACGCCUCCUGUAUCAAGAUUGAGAAAGUUAUUGGCAUUGGGGAGUUCGGCGAGGUCUGCAGCGGCCGCCUGAAGAUGCCGGGCAAGAGGGAGAUCUGCGUGGCCAUCAAGACGCUGAAGGCCGGCUACACCGACAAGCAGAGGAGGGAUUUCCUGUCCGAGGCCAGCAUCAUGGGCCAGUUCGACCACCCCAACAUCAUUCACCUGGAGGGAGUGGUCACCAAAUGUAAGCCAGUGAUGAUUAUCACAGAGUACAUGGAAAACGGAUCGCUGGAUGCAUUUCUGAGGAAGAAUGAUGGUCGUUUUACAGUCAUCCAGCUGGUCGGCAUCUUGCGCGGCAUCGCAUCAGGCAUGAAGUAUCUGUCAGACAUGAGCUACGUUCACCGUGACCUGGCGGCUCGCAACAUCCUGGUCAACAGCAACCUGGUGUGCAAGGUGUCCGACUUCGGCAUGUCCCGAGUGUUGGAGGACGACCCUGAGGCUGCGUACACCACCAGGGGAGGGAAGAUCCCCAUCCGCUGGACGGCCCCAGAGGCCAUCGCUUAUAGGAAGUUCACCUCGGCCAGCGACGUGUGGAGCUACGGCAUCGUCAUGUGGGAGGUGAUGUCAUACGGCGAGCGACCAUACUGGGACAUGAGCAAUCAAGACGUGAUCAAGGCUAUUGAUGAGGGCUAUCGGCUGCCGCCGCCCAUGGACUGCCCCGUGGCGCUUCAUCAGCUCAUGCUGGACUGCUGGCAGAGAGAGAGGGCCGACCGGCCAAAGUUUGGACAGAUUGUCAACAUGCUGGACAAGCUGAUCCGCAACCCCAACACCCUGAAGAGGACCGGGGGAGAAACCACUGUCAGACCCAACACCACCCUGCUGGAGCCUGGGAGCCCCGAGGCGUCCUCGGCUGUAGGCACGGUGGAGGACUGGCUGCAGGCCAUCGGCAUGGAGAGAUACAGCGACAACUUCACUGCUGCCGGCUACACCACUCCAGAGGCUGUGGUCCACAUGACGCAAGAGGACAUGGCAAGCAUAGGCAUCUCCUCGGCAGCACACCAGAACAAGAUCCUGACCAGCGUCCAGGGAAUGCUGUCCCAAAUGCAACAGAUGCAAGGCAGAAUGGUUCCCGUUUGAGAGAUUAAAACAAAGAAAAAGGAAAAGGAAACAAAGCGACUUUUGUUUCUCAUGAAAAAAUAAAUAAAUAACAAAAAAGAUAAAUAUUAAAAAAAGAGACAAACAAACUAUGAAGAAAUAGUUUACCUCAUCCAUGCACUUUAAAUUGGAUCUAAAAAGAAAAGAAGACGUUGAUGAAGAAGAAAAAAAGUGGCGAAAAUGGCACUUUUUUCAAAAAUCAGACCUUUACCUUGCCCUUUUUGUUGUUUUGGAGAAUGGGACGCUUCUGUCUGCAGCAUUUAUGGAUAGAUGGAGGGACGGCUGGAAAAGUGCUUCCGAGAGGCCAAUCUGGAGUGCCUUUAAUGGUCUGGAAGGAAAAGUGAGCGAGAGGGGAAUCGUACCUUUCUUCCUCCUUUUGGGCAGAGUGUUGUUUCUGGAACUUUCUUUCUGGAAUAAUCUGAGGAGCAGAUUUUUUUGAUUUCCUGUGACUGUGUUUAUUGUACAUGAAUUAUUUCUGUGGGACUCACAGGCUGCCCCGGCCACCAUUGUUCUCUCUCUCAGCUGGAUCUGUUUGAUAUCUCCCAGGCAAAAUGGAGGAUCCUAACCGUCAGAUAUAAACAGUGAAUCUCUGAGAGGUUGAGGGUUGGGGAGAUGGCGGUGCAGGGAGGGCUUAUUUUAAGGAGCUUUUUGUGUUGUGUGCUCUGUUCUGGCCUUGUUUUUCUCCCAGAACACUGUAUUUUCUUGUCCUCAGGACAUUGCUGAGAAUGUCUUUGAUCUUCCAGAGGAGCUUUCCCACUCCCCUGUCUUCCCCCCCCCAAAAAAAUGCCCUCCUACACCUUUGAUAAACACACAAUUUGGAUUCUUCCAUUCAUCUCCCCAUCUGAAUCAAAGCUCCCACCCCUCACACUACUGCAGGACCAACCAGCUCUUCCUCACCUCUUUUGAUGGACACCUGUUUGGACCAGUUCAUUUGGCUUCACAGACGGGACGAAGAUGAAGGAAUUUAUUGGCGAGAUUUACCCGGACAAAAAGGCAAUAUGGAUGCAGAGGGAAUCACAAUCAUCAGCAUCAUCUUCGCCAGGAAAAUAAACCAGAAAAUACAUGGAGGAUUACUCAACCCGUCAUCAAGCUGCCGCCGUCCAUCAUAAACAGGAUCCCGGCCACGCUCGCCAUGACCAGAAUUCUUCCCGCUCUUCCUCUUUGUCUUCCUCCUCCUGCUCACCCCUCCUCUCCUUUUGGGGUCACCGAGAUGACAAAUCCGUCCCGCCAAGCGUCCGGGACGUCCAUCGUCACGACACGUCGACUUGACAGACUAGCCACCCGUUGCUUGUGGCCGUCCAGCGAUGUGCUGGAAUUACUAUGAAUGAUUCAACAGCAUAAAAAAGAGACAAUAAGAAGAAUGUAAUAUAAUCGAGAAGCCCUGCUCCAGCGGAUAAUGUACUUUUUUUUUUUUUGGAAAGUUUCAUUUUAUUUUGUGAGUUUUUUUUUUUAUUGUUCUGUUUGCAUGUAAAAUAACAAGGAUUUGAUUUGAGCGUGCGAAUGCAAUGAUGUGUGUGUGUGUGUGUGUGUGUGUGUGUGUGUGUGUGUGUGUGUGUGUGUGUGUGUGUGUGCAAGUGUGUAGCUCUAUGAGUGACAAUGUCUUUGAAGUACUAUCAGUCAUUGUGUCUGUUUUCAUGCCACUGUGGAGGAGGAGGAGAUAACAGAGUUGUAUAGUUUUUGAUAUAAAAAAAGAAAAACCCUGGACUUUAUUUUCCUUUUUUUUUUUCAGUUUUGGGCUUUUUGUGUCGUCUAAAAAAAACAGUGUAAGGUGUGUUGGUCACGUUGUGCAAACUCUACUCAGCAACAGCAUUUAUUAAACAGCUUUCUGGAAUGCAACCCAUCUCUGCUUUGGCAGUAACAGCGGCUUGCGAAUGGACACACAGAGACGCAGCUAAGUGUGACUAAAAGCCUCCUGUGCAUACGAACACAUCAAGCAGACUGGAGUUUGGACUCUCCGAGCUCAUGACAAGUCAAGGAGGAAAUAUCGGAACCAUCUUUCUCUAUUCGGAGGUGGACGCAGUUUGAAAUGACAUCCUUGUACACAGAAAAGUGAGGAAAAAAGGUGUUUAAGAAGGGAAAACUGGGUUAUUUUAUUAUUUUUUUUCCAGAGCACAUCAUACAGCUACAGGUUUUACCCAAUGGACUAUAUUCCUUUUGUUCCUUUAUCUUUUAAAACUAUACUUAUGUGAAUGUUUUUGAACUCGUAAGCGACGCUUCAUAUAAUACAAAACCACCUCCGUCCUUAAUACAGCUCUACUGCUCUUUCCUUUUUUGGCAAUGGUUUUUUGGGGUUUAUCUAUCGAAAAGGACCUGUUUGGAAAUAUGCAAGACAUGAUGGGAAGGAGAAGGAAACCAGAAUGUACUGUAAAAUACUUUUUUCCUUUACUUAAAUGUCGGAUGAUUUGAAAAGACAAAAAUGAAAAAAUAUUAACAAAACGCAAGAGUUAAUGUUUGUCAUUGUAUGCCUUCCGAUGCCAUAUGAUCUAGCCAUGUAGAUCUAACAUUCUCUCAAUCUUUUUUUGUAUUUUUUUUUUUUUGUUGGACAUGAUCAUGAUUCUUUUUUUAUUUUGCAUUGGUUUUUUUUGGUCGAGGAGCUCUAGGUACAUGUAACUUAUGUCAUUUAUUUAUGUCCUUUUAUAUCUAGUUUGUAAAAUAAUAGCCUAAAGUGAAGAAAAUAAAGGGGUGCCAAAGUGCAUUCUUAUUAAAGUAGGAACUAUA